UUCUAAAAUUCAGAAUUUGGAGAUGUUAUCUACUGGUUGUAAUCCGAAGAAAACUUAGCCGCUCACUUUCACGAACUCAGAAACUCCACCGUUCUCUGCUCUGUUCCAAAUCUCCGAGAGAGAGAGCGGAGAAAUCGGAAGACGAUAAUGGCGGCAGAGUCUGUGAGAGCGGCUUCUUCAGUCUGCAAUUUCAAUGGCUCUCAGAGAAGGCCCACAACGCCUCUCCCUCGAACUCCCUUUCUCCUUCGUUCUUCCCGACCCUCUUCUUCCUUUUCUCUGUCUUCGCGCUCCCAAUUCUUUGGAACAAAUCUUCGUUUCAGCUCAUUGGCUUCGUCCCAGCUCUGUAAUUCACGCCACCAGAACAGACGCAACCUCUCUGUCUUUGCCAUGGCCGCCGAAGAUGGAAAGCGCUCGGUCCCGCUUGAAGAUUAUAGGAACAUUGGAAUUAUGGCUCACAUUGAUGCCGGUAAGACGACUACCACCGAACGUAUUCUAUACUACACAGGAAGGAACUACAAGAUAGGGGAAGUGCAUGAGGGAACAGCUACAAUGGACUGGAUGGAGCAAGAACAAGAAAGAGGAAUUACCAUUACUUCUGCUGCAACUACGACAUUUUGGAACAAACACCGGAUCAAUAUUAUUGAUACUCCGGGUCAUGUUGAUUUUACCCUUGAGGUGGAGCGGGCUCUUAGAGUAUUGGAUGGAGCGAUAUGCCUAUUCGACAGUGUUGCUGGAGUUGAACCGCAAUCUGAGACUGUGUGGAGGCAGGCUGACAAGUAUGGAGUGCCCAGAAUUUGCUUCGUCAACAAAAUGGAUCGCCUCGGAGCAAACUUUUUCCGAACAAGAGACAUGAUUGUGACGAAUCUGGGUGCUAAGCCGCUUGUUAUCCAAUUACCGAUUGGCUCUGAAGAUAAUUUUAAGGGUGUUAUUGAUCUCGUGAGGAUGAAAGCUAUUGUUUGGUCAGGAGAAGAGUUGGGUGCAAAGUUUGCUUAUGAAGAUAUUCCAGAAGACCUUCAGAAACUCGCUGAAGACUAUCGGGCGCAGAUGAUUGAAACUAUUGUUGACUUGGACGAUCAAGUCAUGGAGAACUAUUUAGAAGGAAUUGAACCUGAUGAGCCUACCAUUAAGAAACUGAUUCGGAAGGGGACAAUAUCUGCUUCUUUUGUUCCUGUAUUGUGUGGCUCAGCUUUCAAAAACAAAGGGGUUCAACCAUUACUUGACGCUGUUGUGGAUUAUUUGCCUUCACCGGUUGACUUGCCGCCCAUGAAGGGAACCGAUCCGGAGAACCCUGAAGUGACAGUUGAGAGGGCUGCCAGUGAUGAUGAACCAUUUUCUGGACUAGCUUUCAAGAUCAUGAGCGAUUCAUUUGUAGGAUCCCUAACAUUUGUGAGAGUAUAUGCCGGGAAACUCUCUGCAGGAUCUUACGUAUUGAACUCGAGCAAAGGAAAGAAAGAGAGGAUUGGUAGACUUCUAGAAAUGCAUGCAAACAGCAGAGAGGAUGUAAAGGUAGCCCUUGCAGGGGAUAUUGUCGCUCUAGCCGGUCUCAAGGACACCAUUACUGGUGAAACCCUGUGCGACCCGGAGAAUCCUAUCGUACUUGAAAGGAUGGACUUCCCUGAUCCUGUAAUUAAGGUUGCGAUCGAGCCCAAAACUAAAGCUGAUGUCGAUAAGAUGGCGACUGGUUUGAUUAAGCUGGCUCAAGAAGACCCUUCGUUCCACUUCUCGCGGGAUGAAGAGAUCAACCAGACUGUGAUUGAAGGCAUGGGAGAGUUGCAUCUUGAAAUCAUUGUUGACAGACUCAAGAGGGAAUUUAAGGUUGAAGCUAAUGUGGGUGCACCGCAAGUAAACUACAGAGAGAGUAUUUCGAAAAUUUCUGAAGUGAAGUAUGUGCACAAGAAACAAUCUGGUGGUCAAGGACAGUUUGCUGACAUUACCGUGCGGUUCGAACCGAUGGAUGCAGGAAGUGGAUACGAGUUCAAAAGUGAAAUCAAAGGAGGAGCAGUGCCAAAAGAAUACAUUCCGGGAGUGGUGAAGGGAUUGGAAGAGUGUAUGAGCAAUGGUGUUCUGGCUGGCUUUCCCGUGGUUGACGUUCGCGCUGUGCUAGUCGAUGGUUCGUACCAUGAUGUAGAUUCAAGCGUCUUGGCCUUUCAACUUGCAGCCCGGGGAGCUUUCAGGGAAGGGAUGAGGAAAGCAGGUCCUAGAAUGCUCGAACCAGUCAUGAAAGUCGAAGUUGUCACCCCUGAGGAGCAUCUCGGAGACGUAAUUGGAGACCUCAACUCCAGGAGAGGCCAGAUAAACAGCUUUGGUGACAAGCCCGGCGGUCUCAAGGUCGUGGACGCGCUGGUUCCUCUGGCCGAGAUGUUCCAAUACGUCAGUACGCUAAGAGGGAUGACAAAAGGCAGAGCCUCAUACACAAUGCAGUUAGCCAAGUUUGAAGUUGUCCCUCAGCACAUCCAGAACGAGCUGGCUGCCAAGGAGCAAGAAGUUGCGGCUUGAUUUUGGUUCCUGUUUUGAAAAAACCUGCGAUUCUUUGUCUGUUGGAUGAGGGGUUUGGUGUUCUAUUAGCUAUUUUUAUGCCAUGUUUGUGCAAGGAUUGGUGUUCUUGGAUGGAAGAUCUGAAGCGACAUACAACAACAACGUUUAAAUGUCUCUAACAUUAAGCCCUCCUACAAAGGUGUAAUUAUUCAAAUACUUGGCUGUUGAUUUGUUAAAUCCGACCCAAAUGCGAACAAUUUUGAAUGUAAUAAUUAAUUUCUUCAUAACAAGCAAGAAUGGCCAUUUAUAUCCUUCUUGGAAGAA